CGCCCGCUCACUCCAUCUCGAGCCUGUGCCUGUCUGGUACUCUGGUGCCCGCCCCGUGGCGCCGUGUUCCUGCCCUGCUGUCGCCUUCUUUUAGUUCCUUUCACCUCGACCACCCGCCCCGCCACCGCCAUUGCCGCCCCGCCGCACUGGAGGCGCGCGCCAGCGGUGCGCGGCGCCCUAAGCCUGCCUUCCCCCUCCUGCUGCGGUGGCUGCCCCUGGCUGGCACCGCCGACGGCGAUUACGACCGGGCGAGGCGAUCCCUUGGUGUUAUUUACCGCCUCCUUCCUGGCCUGCCUCUGGUUUCCGCCGCUGCCCGCCGGUGACGCCUCCCCUUGCUGCGUUCCACGGGGGCGCUGCGCGCUUCGGCUUCUCAGAUCCCGAGGGCGCGGAUCCGAUCGCCGGCUGCCUCAAGAUUUGUGUAGACAACCGGGAGAGGGCAGGCCAUGGGCGUCGAGGCAAAGCAGGAUGCUCUGUGCAGUAUCAAGAAAACUCUAAGGUCUGCUGUCAGAACGACCUGUAGAUGCGCCUCUGAAAAUUGGGCUCUGUUCAGUCUAUUGCUACUGCCCUAUCUGCUGUACAAGUAUUCACCGGGUUUCUUCGCUUUCCUUCUCUCCAAUUCUCCUGUCAUUAUAUGCACGGCCCUUCUCCUUGGUGUACUGCUAAACUAUGGGGGCGCACAUCGUCCGGAGAUCCGUGAAGAUGUAAAUAUUAAAGGAGACCAGAGAUUUUCGGUGCCUGCAAUGAAGGAGGACAUAAUCAGGGAGGCAAGUGUUGGCAGAAGAGACAGUAACAAGUGUAUUGAUCUGGAUGAAAAUGCUCCUCUUCUGAAGGGACAUGAUCAACGAGAUGAGAGAGUUGAAGCUGCAGGUGGUAGACCCGUGAAAGUUCUCACUUCUUAUGCAGAGAAAGAGUCCAACAAUGCAUGUUUGAGCAAGGAUAAUGGCAAUGAGUAUGCCAACUUGUCCGAGGAUGUACAUCGGAGUAGAGUUGAUGGGAAAGAAGCAGCCUUAGGUGUAUAUUCUUCAAGUGAGAAUGUUAGGGAAGAUGCUGAAAUGGUGGCAAGUCCAAACUAUGAAGGGAGAGUAUGUACAGAUUCACAAAGUGGUGAGGUGGUAGAUGUUUCAGAACACAGGACUGCUGAUGGAGCAGCAGGUAAAUGCAGAUGGGGUCGUGCUUUUUCUGUGCGUCGGAGGAAGAAGCUUGCUGAUAUAAAGAUAGAGGCUAUUAAUUCUGUUGUGGACAAUCAAUUAGAUCAUUCUCUAUGCUCACCACUCACUGGAGUUGGCAGCCAUGAUGUUUCACCAGGUUUUGACCCUGAUAAUGCUCACCACUCUCCUGGUGUUUCUAUGACCGACACUGGUGCCGUGCUCGAUGAGACCGAACCUCUUUUUGGUGCUGAUUGCUCUCGUCCUCAUCGCAUCACUAACGAUGAGUCGGAUAAUCAUUCCAUCGUCACCCCUCAUGAUCCUCAAGUCGAAAGUGAUAGCAAUGGUGUGACUGACAAUCGCAAGGCCAAAGAUGAUGGUGAGGAGAAGGAUGCUCGACCUGAGUCUGCACUUCUGUGGACAGCUGACGACGAGAAGAAUGUCAUGGAUCUUGGGUACUCCGAGGUGGAGCGCUUCCGUAGGUUGGAGAGUAUGAUGGUGAGGAGAAAAUCAAGGAAAAGCAUAACAUUUGAUCCUGACAGCAUGGAUGAUGAUUUAUCGCGUUUCCGUCCACAACUUCAGCCUAUUUCAAUUUCAGAACGGCAGAUGAACCCAUUUGCUGAUGAUGCGGAAACCCCUGGCUCGGCUCCUCCUAUUCUGCAUCCACAAAAGAGCCUCUUCGAUUUCCUCACUGAACAAUCAACUGAAACUGGUGUCACUGCACUUCACGAUCUGGAGCCCCAGGAAUCCAUGGCGGUUUCGCAUCAAGACACCCUCUUCACAAGGCACAAAAGCUUCAACUGUGCCAGACCGCCUUUGAGACAUGGCUCCAGAUUCAAGCCAUGUUCUGGUCUGGAGGAGUUCUACUCUGAGGAAGCAGGCGCGAGCAGUUUCCAGAGGCAGUUCAGCGACAGGAGCGUGUCGAGAUUGAGCGUCGUCUCCGAAUGCGACACGGCCUCUUCGAUCGGCGAUCCGGAGCACAACGACCUCAUAAGGAACUACAUCCGCGGCGUGCGCGAAUCGCCUAGCCUGCCAAGCCAGGAUGGCGAUCUUGUGCUUGCUGGGAACGAGUGAUCGGAUGGGAUCAGCUUUGUGGACAACGAAACUGUGAAUGCUGUGAUCUGCUGAAUGGAUACGAGGCACUGGAGUCUUGGUCUCUUGGAGAACAUUACACUGGAGCAAAAACCAUAAUGCGACUGAAGAGCGGAGGAGCUUUUGAUGUAGCCCUUGCUCACGACGCAUACUUUUUUCGUGUGCGUCUUCCUUCACCCGUUCUGACAGGGUUUGCAUUCUUCCUGUACAUUUGCGCAGUUGAAAAAGCACAGGCCUCUUGCGUGUAA